AUGGCGACUUGCAAAAGAAGAAGAGAAGUUGUAGUUGGGAUAUUCUUGUUGAUAACUGCGAUCGUAAUUGAUCCAGUUCCAGCAAGAAGAGACCUAACUUUGUCCGGUAAAUCAAACGAUGUCGAGUUUGCUAGGGCACCCAGAGGAACCGUAAAAACUGUUCAGAGUGGUGGUGGUGAUGUGGUCGAUUGUGUCGAUAUUCACAAACAACCGGCUUUCGACCAUCCUCUACUGAAGAACCAUACCAUACAGAUGAAACCGAGUUUCCUAGAAGAAGGUGAAAGUCAUUUGCAAGGGCUGCCGGCCGAAUUGGAAGAAUGGGGCGUGGAUUGCCCCGAAGAAACCGUCCCUAUUAUCAGAAAGACAUCGGAGAACGGCCCUAAUGUUAAGGAUUAUGUUCCAUCGUUCCUUGUUGAUGACGUGAAAAGCAGCCACAACAAAUCCUUUUCUAUCUUAGCCGAUUUCAGACAAGGACAUGAGUACGCAGUUGUGCAGACGAACGGUAAGGGGACCUUCCGUGGAAGCCAAGCGCACCACAAUGUGUGGAAUCCUUCCACAGAGAUCGGAGAAAUCAGCGUCUCCCAGAUUUGGAUUUCUGCAGGCUCAGGGGAAAACCUCAACACCGUAGAGGCUGGAUGGAUAGUCCUUGGUUCUUCGCCGGUUACAAGAUUUUUCACAUACUGGACCAGUGAUGCAUACAAAUCAACAGGCUGCUAUAACCUUGAUUGCCCAGGAUUCGUGCUAGCAAACAACAACUUUGCUCCUGGUUUUGUCUUUCAAUCAAUAUCCACCUAUGGCGGGAAGCAAUUUUCAGUAGAUAUACAAAUUAAACAGGAUCUGGCUACGCAGAACUGGUGGCUCCGAGUGUAUAAUAAGAAUAUGGGUUACUGGCCUGGCUCGAUCUUCAACAGUCUAACUGGUGGUGGUAGUGCCGUAACUUGGGGUGGUGAAAUUUAUAAUAGCCAAAAGUCUGGGCACCACACGGCGACUCAAAUGGGGAGUGGUCAUUUCCCUCGUGACGGAUACUUUACAAAAUCGGCAUACAUCAGGAACCUUGCUUUCAUCCAAGAUAAUGGUCCAAUGCGAUCAGUGCCCAAGGAAGCCUUGGUGUCGUCUGUGACCAAGCGUCAAUGCUAUGACCUAGUGAUGGGACCUUCGGGCAUACAUUUCGGAACUCAUUUCUACUUCGGGGGUUCCGGACUCUCAGCGCAAUGCCCGUAA